AUGAGCCAGAUCGGCGGAGCUGCAGCACGACCACGCAAUUGGACACUUCGUGGCGCCGUUCUGAUUCUGGCGCUGCAGCUGCUCCAGACACCCAGUGCGCUGCAGCACACCGAGGAGGGGCUCGAGUUGCUCUUCCGCGAGCGAUCACAGUCGGAUUGGGAGAACGUUUGGCAUCAGGAGGCGCACUCGCGCUGCCGGGACAAGCUAAUCCGCCAGCUGUACUGGGCCUGCGAGAAGGACAUCUACCGGCUGACGCGGCGCAACCGGAAGAGGGCCGGCGACGAGGUCUGGCUGAAGAGCACAGCUGUUGGCGGCGCUGCCUCCACCUGGCUGCACGUCAACUAUGCCAAUAUGUUGCUGCGCAGCAGGCGCUCCGAUGCGCCCUCCAUUACCAACGAGUGCUGCACCAAGACCGGCUGCACCUGGGAGGAAUACGCCGAGUAUUGCCCCUCGAACAAGCGUCGCAAUCACUACUGAGUGCCCACGGCUAGCGCUCUAUAAUAUUAUAUAUCCGAUGUAGCACAUACAU